GGAAAUUCAACUUCGUGCAAGUGACAAGUCUUAUUUUGCAAGUAAACAACUCGAAUGAAUAAUGACUUUUUCCACCAGUAAAGACGUUUUGGUCAACGAUAAUGGAACAUGAACUAUUCUGCUUUGACGCAGUUCAAGCGCAGAUUGUUCAAGAAAACAAACGAUGGAUAGAAGAGUUAUUUCAUGUAGAAAUUGUCAUAAAAAAUGACACCUCGGUUGACCCAGUUUUUUUCAAGUGUGCUGUUGUCCUCAAUACGCACAAUACACUGGAAAUUCUGGACAAGACUAAAAAAUACAUAGCCAUCAUCACAGACAUUUUGCCUGACCUAGUAACAAUAACAGAUAACUUUGAGAGCUGUGUGGUUGAAGCAGUUCUGGGUUUUAAAGCCCCCAUUGAAUAUUUAAUUGGGACAGUUGUAUUCCCAGGAAGCGUAAGUGAUUCGUUAGUCGUGAAAGGGUUGAGUUGUGAUAUCGACGUAACCAACAAACUUCUUGACGAGCUUGAACAAUGGCAAUCAGACGACAAAGAUUUGGCAACUUUUCCUGUAGAAGAAGUAAUUCAACAGUGUUUGUCGGAAAUAGACGUCUUAGAUUCACAAUCAGCAUUGCUUCUGAUACCUCGCAAGUACUUAUAUUCAAAAGAUCUUAGUCAGGAAAAUCAAAAUCAGAAUGGUAGUGACAGUGGUUUGAAGGUUCUGCGAGCUUUUCAAAAUCUGUCUAUUAUUGAAUCUGAUAGAGCAACAAAUGUAGAUGAUGAUUUUGUAUAUUAUAUAAAAACCAUUCCUGACUAUGAAACCAAAGUACAGUUCGCCUUGAAGCUUGGCUAUGGUGAAGAAGACUUAAUUCUUGCUCUGAGAAAUGUCGGGGAGUCUGCUGGGCAGAAUGAACUGUUAUCUGAGUUAAUUAAGAACUGCGCUGGGAAGCUGGAAAAUGUUACAGAGGAUGCUGAAGACAGGGGGACUGGUCCAGACCUUGCACUGGUCGAGCAAAGAUCACAGUUACAUGGCAAUGAUGAUGAUCCAUUCAGACACAUCAUCAUCGAUGGCAGCAAUCUGGCCAUGAGUCACGGUGCAAAGGACCAGUUCUCAUGUCGAGGUAUACAGCUGGCUGUGGAUUGGUUCCGAGAGCGAGGUCACACACACAUCACAGUCUUCGUUCCACAGUGGCGUAAGGAGACCACCAGAACUGACUCAAAAAUUAAAGAUCAGCAUAUUUUAACAGAACUUGAAAAAGACGGAAUAGUGGUGUUUACCCCUUCAAGAAGAAUAGGGGGCAAGAGAGUGAUAUGUUACGACGAUCGUUACAUUCUGAAUCUCGCUGUGGACACAGACGGUAUUGUUGUAUCCAAUGACAACUAUCGGGACUUGAUGUCUGAGAAUGAAAAAUACAAGAAAGUGGUUGAAGAGAGGCUUCUUAUGUAUACCUUUGCUGAUGACAGAUUUAUGCCCCCAGACGACCCUCUAGGUAGGAACGGUCCCACGCUGGACAACUUCCUGCUCAAGGUUUCAGCCAGCCCGGACCCCCUGCCCCCGGUCUGUCCGUACGGGAGCAAGAAGUGCACGUACGGGAACAAGUGCAAGUACUACCACCCGGAGCGCCGCACACAGCCCCAUAGACCUGUAACGGAGAAGUUGGCAGAGCAGGCAAAACACCUGCAGGAACUGAGGAGGAAGGAAACUGUGUCUAAUGAUACAGAAAAGAAGAAACUGACCAAGAAGACAUCCCUCGGGCGUACGAAAUCAGGGCCAGCAGAGACCAACAUAUCCCAAACACCGAUUUCUUUCUCAUUUGGAAGCCCUCCUGGGCAGGAGAAAGGUCGCGAUUUCAAUCAAAAACUCACAGAGAGUCGCUUGAAAAUGGAAAAAGAAAAAAGCAGUUAUGAAGGGAAACUACCUUUCCCUAGAACGCCUGAUAAAAAAACACUUCAGAAACCAAAGAAUUCAAAAACCUCAGCUGAGCUGUUAGAAAGGUCCAGUCCAAUAUUUGGCGACUUUCGUCAGCAGGGUUACAUUUCGCCACGUGAGAGUUCACCUGUUAACCUUUCUGUGGGCGGUCAUUUAGAGACAUCAGAAACCGGACAGAAGUUCUUAAGUGGACAUCUGUUGCUGGCAAAAAAGCUUUCAGACGAAGCCAAUGAAUCAGAAAUGUUGAAAAAGAAAGGUAAGUUGACAAACGACGAUGGGUCAAAAAUGAUCUCGCCGUUGGCAUAUUCUCCAGCUAACGCAUCCAAUGACUACGCAUCCCAAACACGUCAGCAGCCCAAACCAAAACAGAAGCUAGCUCGCGUGUGUUCACUACCUCCUGGUGAAGACCCUAGACAUGUUCAAAGGCACGCACCGCUCGACCAGACUCAUUCCUACGACCCACGGGGCAUUGCUGCACAUCAAGAUGAGAUGCCCAGAAACCUGAACCAAGGAUUUGGUUCUUACCAGCAACCACCCCUUAGUCCAAGUAGCUUUGGUAUAGGAAAACCAAUCUCAAGAAAUCAACCUUAUGAAUACCUGCAGGGUCACACGGCCUUGGCGCGAAUGCAAAGUGCACCCGACCCAUUCCUUGGUUCAAAACCGUCUUUCCAAGGGCCACCAAUCAUGACACGACAAAAUAGCUCCUCUGACACACAGCUAAAUAAAAUCCUCUGUCACCAUGACUUCGAGGGCAACACUCAAGAGCAUUUCAUGGCCAGAGGCCAGUUGGACAAUCAUCCUCCUGUAUUGAGGGAUACUUCUGGCUUAGUGAAGUUCCAAAUAGGAAACCAGGGGCCAUUUCAAACCCACCCCUCGCUCCAUGCAUCCAACUCAAUGCCAGUAUUUCGGCAGGACUACCGAUUUCACCAACCCUACAUGUCUGAAUAUCCUUCACAUGGGUUCCCAAACCAGUCUGCAAGUCCCUUCGUUAAAACCAGUUUUGGCCAGUUAGACGUAGCUCAGACUGGUUAUGAUUCCCAACGUCAUCAACUACAACAUCAAAGCCACUUUGUGAACCAGUCUAUUGUUGACUCGCAAUCUGCAUUGCCGUCAUACCAGCAUUAUUUCCCACCACCAGGCACUUGGUCGCAGACUGUGUCCCAAAACACUCCACAGAGUGCAUUGAUUUCAGCCCACCAGUCUAUAGGUUUUGGAGGCCCGUUUCCCAUAGACGCACCCAUAAUGCCAACUGACUGUAGGUAUAAAUUGUAUGUGGACUUGUGUCGACUCUUUCCAGAGGAGAAAGUUCGAGCUACAAUGAAUCAGCAUCCAGAGACAAAUAAUCCAGACGAGGUUUGUGCCUAUCUGAUUGGUGCAAAGAAAUGAGCUGAAUUUUAAUUGAAUAUAUGCUGCUGUUUGAAAUUUGAGAUACAGCAAUUUGCUUCUGUAUUACAUUAGUGCUUAAUCAAAGAUUUAAAAAAAACAACUCAGUAUUGGAUGUCUUAUAGGCGACUUUGUGUACAUACAUAAGAGUCAUCUUAAUUAUUUGUAAGUAAUGUGUGGUAGUUUAAUUUUGGGGGUUUCGUUUUCUAAGUUAUUAAACCGUUCAAUGCAAAUUUGCUGUAGAUCAAUGUACUUAUAAUUGACCCAGAUUAAUACAAUGUGCAGAUGCCUUAAAGGUAUUGCAUUUUUCAGGAUGUUAAGCUGAACUCUUAUUUUACUGAAAUUUCUCGCAUUAAAUUUAAAUACAAAAUAAUAUUAUCUGUAAAUUAAGUAUGUACUUACAUUAAAAUCUUUCUUUUUUCAUAGAAGGUAGAUUGGAAAAAAAACAUAAAUCACACAACAGAGGAGACUUUGAUAUCCAAAUUUAUAUCUUAUAUAUAAUAAGGAUUUUCAUGUUGUGUUAUUAUGCUCCCCCCAAAAAAAUUGGGGGGAGCAAAUAGUCGCCGCUUCGUCUGUCAGUCCGUCCAUCCGUGUGUCCGUCCGUGCACAAUUUUUGUCUGGGCUAUUUCUCCGCAACUAAUUACCAGAAUUCAAUGAAACUUUAUGGGAAGCUUCACUACCAAGAGAAGAUGUGCAUAUUAUCAGCGGGUUCUGGUCUGAUGAUUUUUCACAGAGUUAUGGUCCUUUGAAAUUUACCAUUAACUGUACAUAUAGUGCAAUUCUUGUUCGGGCUAUUUCUAAGCAACUUAUGACCGGAAUUCAAUGAAACUUUAUGGGAAGCUUCACUACCAAGAGCAGAUGUGCAUAUUAUCAGCGGGUUCUGGUCGGAUGAUUUUUCACAAAGUUAUGGCCCUUUGAAAUUUUAUAUAAAAAAAAUCUUGUCCCCCCAACUACUGUGCCCUCAAGAAGUUUCCUUUUAUCUGAAUAUAUAGUGCAAUAUUGUGACAAAAAAAACUUUGGGGAGCAUCACCUGUCUCCGACGGUUUCUUGUUUUAUUAUGUUUAAUAAAGGUCAUCAUUUUUCAUGUAUAUUUUUAAAUUGAAACUUUUAACAUUCCAUGUGUUAGAUACUUACAGAUGGCACAGAAAGUAGGUAUUAUCUUGGGGUUGCUCGAGUAUUUUAGCCUCACAAUAGGAAAACUGGGCUUAACCCUUUCAGUGCGGGAACCGAAUUUUGAAGGCCUUUGCAAACAGUUUGGAUCCAGAUGAGACGCCACAGAACAUGGCGUCUCAUCAGGAUCCAAACUGUUUGCUAUUUUGAUAAUAUUCUUUGAAAAAAAUCGAAGAAAAUGCUAAUUUUAGAAAUUAAGCAGACGAAAUUUUAGCAGACGACAAAUUUCCCAGCAUGCAAAGGGUUAAUGCAUUGGCUUGAAGUGAUGUCCCAGAUUGGCCUGUUCAGUGUUCACAAGCUAAUCACUGACGACACUUUCAGCCUAGAUUUUAUUUUUGUAAACAAGAGACUUCCUUAAAAUGAAAAAAUUCCAUUAAAUCGCAAAGUGUCAUCCCUGAUAAAAUAGAAUGUAAAUACCAUAUUGAUAACCAUUUUACAAUUAUUUGGUGCAAAAAGGAUUACACAAAAAAUGAUGGCUUAUAAUAUUUCAAUAACAGCUGUUGUUAUGCUCCCCGAAUUUUUUGGGGGAGCAUAUAGUUGCCAGUUUGAAGUUCCGUACUUCCGUCCUUCCGUCAUACUUUUGUUACAGUUUCUCAUAACUCCUUCAAUAUUUGUUUGAUCUCUUACAUAUUUGGCAUGUAGGUACCUUGCAUGGACCUCUACCUUUUGAUGAGGUUUGAGGUCACAAGGAUUAAGGUCACCAAGGCUAAUAAUAGAUUUUUCCGUCACAAUUUUGUUACAGUUUCUCAUAGCACCCUCAAUAUUUGUCUGAUCUCUUAUAUAUUUGGCAUCUAGGUACCCUUCAUGGACCUAUACCUUUUGAUGAGGUUUGAGGUCACUGGGGUCAAGGUCACCAAGGCUAAUAAUAGAUUUUUCCGUCACAAUUUUGUUACAGUUUGUCAUAGCGCCUUCAAUAUUUUUCCUACAUAUUUGGCAUGUAGGUACCUUGCAUGGAACUCUACCUUUUGAUGAGGUUUGAGGUCAAGGUCACCGAGGCUAAUAAUAGAUUUUUUAGGUGCUUAUUAACACAUAGAUUGAAAAAGCGCAUCAUCUGGGAUCAUCCAUCAGUUUCACUGAUAUUCUUGUGUUUGAUACAUGUUUUAAGUGUACGUUGGUUUUGUACACUUGUAUUAUUGUCUUAACAUGUGUUAUUGUUUUCCCAUGAAAGGGGCGAGUGGCAGAUUGACCCAGGGGCUCUUGAAAAAUGUCAUCAUUUGGGUCAAAGUUCAUACUCUAGAACCAAUCUGACCCAUAUUGGCUUAAACCACUCAGUGAGAGAGGGAAUGAGGGUAUGAGUCAACGUAAGGCUAUACAGAUUGAGUUGUUCUUGUAAAAUAUAGAAUUAAUCAUGUCUUAUGUUUCUUUGCUUCCUUCUUUUGGAUGAUUACCAUUCUGAUUUUCCCUCCGAAGGAAAACUACCUGAAAACUCCCCAUAAGGAAAAGGGAUUAAAGUGAGCUUGAUUAGCAAACUAUUAAACUUCCAGUAUGUUUGUCACAAAUUAUUUGCAGUAUAAAGCCUUAAGGGUCUACAUGGUCCGAAUCUAAAGUCCCACCAAAGUCGGAUGUAUGGGUCAGGCAGAUUAUUGAAAUGAAUUAUUCCUGCAAGUCGGGAAUCACUUCCAAUGUGAAGUGUUAUAUUGCUGCCACUCAUCCCUGGCUUUUAUAUUGGUGUGUGUACUGUAUGUUUUAAUUGUAAUUUACUGCUUUAGUGUCUUCAUUGUAAUUUGCCGGCAACAGUAAAGUUGUUGUUCAAUCACUAGUGAAGUGAUGGAGUUACUUGUACCUCAGUUAUUUGAGGAUUUACACAAGGGAGUUAUGAAUUUAGUAGGCUGGACCUUUCAGUGGACCCCUUGACCCAAACCCCCAUUUGCAUAUUUAAUACAUUGAAGUCAUUAUGCCACAACAGAUUGUGAAGCAAAAUGCAUUGCUUUUGUCUGUCUGUCGGUACAUAUCUCGAGUAACUCGCAGUCUGUUCAGGUUUUAUGCUGUUUGCUGCUCAUCAGUAUCUAAGGGUUGGAAAUGAAGCCAUACAAACUUGAAUUUAGUGAUAAAGGUCUUGAAUUAAAUUAACUUUCUUAGGUACAACAAAUACAUAAAAAUUCGUAUCUAAGUGAUAAAUGGUUAAUAUGUCUGUGUCCAGUCAACAUUUUUUGUGGGUUCAUCAAUGUCAGGGACACAUUUCUAGUUUUAUGUAAUUCUAUAAUAUUGCCUUCUAUGAAAUAAACAUAUUCCAUAUAUUUACUUAUUUUACAGUAUGUAGGGGGUUUCGACAUCUUCUGUCAGUUUUUUACACAACAUUUACGGUUAUAUUACCGGUAAACUGCAUAAACUUAUGUGCACUUUUUAUUGUUGUUGUUUUAUAGAUUUUAAAUUAUCAUUGUUGAUAAUGCUAUUUGUGACUUAAAUCACUCAUCAACAUUAGUCAUCUUUAAUGAUUUUGUUUAUGUCGCCAGCAUCUGCUUAUGCCAAGUGGCUGGUAUAUAGCACUUGGCCUUGCUGUUGUUCUGUUGGUCUGUCAAUCCGUAGGAGGUUAACCCUUAAUGACAAGUUUUGUAUUUCACCAGUAAUGCUUCCUAUAAAGCUUUGGUACUUGCAUAGAUGGUAUCUAUGAACACUAUCAACACACCCAUAUAAGCUGACCUCAUCCAGACCUUGACGUUUACCCAUCUUAGGAUUUAGGUGAAUUCAGAUGAAUUUAUUGAAACCAAAUGACUUGCUUUGUCUGAUGUCAAUACUACUGGGUACAAAACUUAGAUACUUGCAUGAAUGUAAACUAUCGCAGCACAUCCAGAUCCCCUGACCUCAUUUUGACUAAUCCAUGUUGGACUAAAAUGGAUUCAGAAGGUCAAAUUUCUUGGUUAACCAAAAUGGACCUUUACUCAAAACUCACCACACUCCCAACAUCUGACCUAAUUUUAACAGUGACCUAACUUUGGACUAUUUCAAAUGGGACUUCGAGUUGACUAGGUUUCCAUCAGGGACAUCAGCAUGUAUUUAACGGGGCAUGUUUCUUUUUUAAGGCAUUGUAUAACUUACAAACUAUUAACAACUAUAAUGUACUAUAACAGAAACAAUUUUAAAAAGUACUUUUGGAAAUAUAAUGUUAUCAGUAAUUUAAUCAAAUUUAUUCUUUUUAUGAAACAGUGUAUGUUAACAAAUGCAUAGAUGUUCAGGGAUAUUAUCAUUACCAACACAAAUAUUGUACUGGUAUAUUUAUUGUUAAUAAGGUUUGAAAAAUUAAAAACAAAAGUCAUUCACAUGUUUAUUGUGAAUAAUUUGUGACAUCUUUUUAAAUUUAGUUGUUUCUUUUGAUUCCUGUUUUUUAUAGUGUGUAUUUUAAAUUCAAAUCAUUUUUUUUAACAUUCAUUAUGUGAUAAAAAUUGUGAAUAUAGUGUAACCAAUAUAAGUUAAAUUUGAACAUUAAAUGCAAGUUUGAAAAUAUUAUUUUUAUAUAUUUUAUCGAGUUAUACUAUAAUUGCCGUAAUUGCUAUUAAUCUUAUUUCAUUCUGUUCUUGUUCAAUAUACAAAAUAUGUAAAUGAAGCUUUUAUUGUUAAGUGAAAGCCAUUAAAAUUUGGAGCAAAUACAUGUUAAAGCACUGGCAGAAUAUUUACCGGGUAUAUGUUAUCAAUAUAGACUUGUGUUAGCAUUAGAUAUGUCAUUUGUUGUUGGGUCAUGUGGUGUAUGUAUUUUUGCAUUAAAACAUUUGUAUACUUUUGUGGAUAGUGGUAUUAGUCAUUUAAAAAGAAAUAAGUUUUAAUUUAUUAUUAUUCACUUGUAUGAACUACUAACGAUUUUGUUAUGUGAUUUCCAUAAAUUUAAGUUUAAAAUGAUUUAGAAUGAACAAUCAGUGUAUACAUGUAUGUCUAAACCAGAACUCAUAAAUCAUUUUAAUUUUAACAUUGUCAGGUGUGAUUGUUUUUGUCUUUUCUUUAAACGUUGAUGUUGAAGUUUGUUAAUUUAAGUUUACAUUUUGAAAAAUGUUUCAUUUGCGAACAGACACAAAUUUAACGUCAUUCAAUUAUGCUAAAAUUAUUGUGGUUUAAAUAAAAGGAUAUUUCCAAAAAAAAGAAAUAUAUUUGUGUACAUAUGAUAUACCAUAAUUAUAGUUCAUAAGGAAUAAACUAUGUACAAAAUAUUAUGAUAGGAGCAAAUGUACAUUACUUUUAUUCCUAGCUCUAUUCAUAUACAUGUUUGUCACUAAUUAAAUAUACCUACGUAGUAUGUUGACAUUUUCAGUUGUUACAAAAAUAUGUGUUUCGACUCAUCUUUACUUAUCUGUAAAUUGUUGAUUAUUAAGCAUGACAAGACAUCAUUAUUUAUCUAAAGAUGAUGAAUUAAUACAUGUAAUAACAUUACUUCAUUAUUACAAGAUGAAAUUUUAUUUUGUGACAAUCUUAAAAAAAUAUUACACGCUUUGGAAAAUUGUUACAAGCUUUGGAAAGUUAUUCUUCCUCUAAGAAGAGAUUUUUGGUUUACUUUUUAACUUAAGGAAACCUGUCUUGUUUUGUAGAAUGAUUUAAGAUAAUGUCCUGAUUUUGUUAGUUAAAAUAAUGCGUAAAAAUGGUCAGACAUGUGUGUUCAGGGUGGGAAAUUAUGGUUUAGGGUAUAUACCUGUAUAAAUGUCAUAUUGUGUCAGUGUUUUGUUUUAUUCAACUGUGUUGUAUAUUGUUGGUAGUAGUAGACUUUUCUAUUUAUUUCCAUUGGUGCUAUGGUCUUUAGAUUGUAUAAUGUUUUACUAAGUCAUUUCCAAAAAAAUCACUUUAUUAAUUUAUUUUGCAACUUUUAUGAUUUUUGACUUUCUUGUGUUUUCAAAUGGAUAUGCUUUAUUUUCUUGAAAAUAAAUAUUGUAAAAAUA